CCCUGCCUCCCAGCGGACCCACUGUGCCAUGCGCAUCGCUCCAACACUCAGUGUUGAGCAUGUGGGGCCCCUUAAAGAGAAGCGCCGAGUAGACGGCACGGACUUUCUCCAUUGAAGAGUCACCGCAAUGAGGAACAGCGCCGAACCGGCACAAUGCGCUCCAGGCUCCCAGGGACCGCCUGCCUAUUGCGAACAAUUGGACUCUGCAUCCUCCUCUCGAACACUGCAGCUUACUUUGGGCUGACAGGCCGAGAGCCACUGGUGCUUUUACCAGGUCCAUUUUCCAAUGAAGCUCCAUCGGGGAAGGCCCACCUGAAGCAGUGCGAGCAGAUGAGUCUGACCAGGCGGCAGAAGAGGAUGUGCCGCAGAGAGCCCGGUUUAGCCGAGACGCUCCGGGAGUCGGUGCGCCUCGGCCAGUUGGAGUGUCGCUAUCAAUUCAGAAACGAGCGCUGGAACUGCACCUUGGAUGGCCGAGGAAGCCUCCUUAAAAGAGCAUUUAAGGAGACCGCCUUCCUUCUGGCCGUGUCCUCCGCUGCACUAACCCAUGCACUCGCCAAAGCUUGCAGCUCAGGCCGGAUGGAGAGGUGCACGUGUGACGACUCCCCCGGGAUCCAGCACAGAGAAGCGUGGCAAUGGGGGGUCUGCGGAGACAACCUGAAAUACAGCACCAAGUUCCUCAAAAAGUUCCUCGGCCAAAAGAGGGUCAGCAAAGACCUCAGGGCGCAGGUCGAUGCCCACAACAUCAACGUCGGCAUCCGGGCAGUGAAGAGUGGGCUGAAGACAACCUGCAAAUGUCACGGAGUCUCCGGCUCCUGUGCCGUACGGACUUGCUGGAAGCAGCUGUCCCCUUUCCAUGACACUGGGCGGCUGCUGAAGUAUAGAUACGACAACGCCGUGAGGGUGUUGAGCGUCACCAACACGGCCACGGGAGAGACUGAGCUCGCCGGGCCCAGACGCCACGGCCAGAGCCCCCGCAACACCGACCUGGUCUACCUGGAGGACUCCCCCAGCUUCUGCAGGCCCUCCCGCUACUCGCCGGGCACGGGGGGCCGGUCGUGCACCAAGGACACCAGCUGUCAGAGUCUGUGCUGUGGACGCGGCUACAACACGGCCAUGCGGCUCACCAGCCUGUCCUGCCACUGCCAGGUGCGCUGGUGCUGCCACGUGGAGUGCCAGACAUGUGUGAGGGAAGAGGAGGUGUACACCUGCAAGAACGCAUAAACAAACAUUUGGAUAAAGGUGAUGAUCCGACUGAAGCAGCGGGGAGAAAAAAAAAAAGAAAAAAAAA